AUGUCAUAUAGAGUAAGUAAGGUAGAUCUGGAUUACAUAGAAAGACAGAAUUUAAAAGAAUCAAGCUCAAAGAAAUUUCCUAAAUGUUAUAAAGUAAAAGUGAAUAUUGGGAAAGUUAAUCUUGAAGUUAUAAAAGAAUGGAUACUGAAAACCAUAAAUGAACAACUAGAAGACGAUGACAUAGUUAUAGAUUACAUAUAUGAGUUGCUUCAAUCUGGUGAAUCAAAUCCCGAUAUAAAGGCACUACAGUUACAAGUUCAAGAGUUUUUAGGUGCAGAUGAAGCAAGAAAGUUCUGUGAAAAGUUAUGGAAUUUACUAAUAAGUGCCCAAGAUAACAAAGAUGGGAUACCGAAACAGAUAUUAGAUGAAAGACAAAAGCAUAAAGAUGAAGUUGAAAAGUUUCAAUUAGAGGUGAAGAAGAAGUUGGCUGAAUCAGCAAAAGCAGUUGAAUCAAAAGCAGUUGAAUCGCUAGCUAGAAAGACAAAUUACAAUAGAAGUCAGUCAGACAAAGGCCUAGUUGAUCAAAAGACCGCCAAACAAAGUAAUAAUCAUAAUACUAAGAAUGAAUCAAAGCUUGAGCAUCAUCAUCAUCAUCACCACCAUCAUCAUCAUGACCAACAACAGCAACAACCGGUAAUUCCAAUAGACCCAGCUGCUAAUCCAGCCAACAGAAUUGGGAAAUAUCAAGUUAUAAAGACCUUAGGUGAAGGUUCAUUUGGUAAAGUCAAAUUGGCUCAACAUUUAGUUACAGGUCAAAAAGUUGCUCUUAAAAUCAUUAAUCGUAAGACAUUAGCUAAAUCUGAUAUGCAAGGUAGAGUUGAAAGAGAAAUUUCAUACUUAAGAUUAUUAAGACAUCCUCAUAUUAUUAAAUUAUACGAUGUAAUCAAAUCAAAGGAUGAGAUUAUUAUGGUUAUUGAAUUUGCUGGUAAAGAAUUGUUUGAUUAUAUUGUUCAAAGAGGUAAAAUGCCUGAAGAUGAAGCUAGAAGAUUUUUCCAACAAAUUAUUGCUGCUGUUGAAUAUUGUCAUAGACAUAAGAUUGUUCAUCGUGAUUUAAAACCAGAGAAUUUAUUAUUAGAUGAUCAAUUAAAUGUUAAAAUUGCUGAUUUUGGGUUAUCUAAUAUUAUGACUGAUGGUAAUUUCUUAAAGACAAGUUGUGGUUCACCAAAUUAUGCUGCCCCUGAAGUUAUUAGUGGUAAAUUAUAUGCUGGUCCAGAAGUUGAUGUUUGGUCAUCAGGAGUUAUUUUAUAUGUUAUGCUUUGUGGUAGAUUACCAUUUGAUGAUGAAUUCAUUCCAGCAUUAUUCAAAAAGAUUAGUAAUGGGGUUUAUACUUUACCUAAUUAUUUAAGUGCUGGUGCUAAACAUUUAUUAACCAGAAUGUUGGUUGUUAAUCCAUUAAAUAGAAUAACUAUUCAUGAAGUUAUGGAAGAUGAAUGGUUCAAACAAGGUAUGGAAGAUUAUUUAUUACCACCUGAUUUAUCCAAAACCAAGCAUAAAAAAGUUGAAAUUGAUGAAGAUGUUAUCAAUGCUUUGACAAUGGCUAUGGGUUAUGAUCGUGAUGAAAUUAUAAGUAAUAUUGAAAGAUGUAAUAAGAGUAAUUCUCCACUGGAACAAAAUAAUGAAAUUCUUGAUGCUUAUUUAUUAAUGAAAGAGAAUCAUACUUUAGUGAAAGAUUUAAAGAAAUCAAAUAAUGAUAAGAUUGAUUCAUUUUUAUCUAGAUCUCCUACCCCAGCAUUUACUUCUAAUUCCACCAGUUCAGCUCCUGGUGUUCAGCAAUCAGUAACUUAUCAAACCUUAGCUACCGUUCAUGAUUUAUCUACGUUACCAAAUUCUACCAUUGCGAUUUUACCAUCGUCAUUACCAAGUAUCCAUCGUGCAUUUAUGAUGGAAACCAAUAGUCAAGCUGCUAUAAAUCCAGUAUCAAAUAAGAAACUGAAAACAAGAUGGCAUUUUGGUAUAAGAUCAAGAUCUUAUCCAUUAGACGUUAUGGGAGAAAUUUAUCGUGCACUUAAGAAUCUUGGAGCUGAAUGGGCUAAACCAACUGAAGAAGAAUUAUGGACUAUAAGAGUAAGAUGGAAAUAUGAUAUUUGUGAAGUUGAAAAUGCACCAGAUUUAAUGAAGAUGCAAAUUCAAUUGUUUCAAUUAGAGCCAAAUAAUUAUUUAGUUGAUUUUAAAUUUGAUGGAUGGGAAACUACUUCUGAAGAUGGUAUUGCCAAUGAAUUUUCUACUCAAGAUGCUGAUGAAGUCAGUUCAUUCUCAGCUUAUCCAUUCUUACAUUUAUCUACAAGAUUAAUUAUGGAAUUAGCAGUCAACAGUCAAAGUGCUUAAUGAAGAUGAUUUACGUUUCUUUCUUUCUUUCUUUUCUUUUCUUUUCUUUAUAUUUUACAUAGCGUAGAGUUUGGGGUUAUAUACAUAUAUAUUUUUUAAAUACAUA